CCCGGAAACAGAAAACAGCAGGGCAGUGGCCGAAGAAGACUGUUUGCCAUUUUCCUUGAUUAGCGAUUAGAAAAAUAACACAAUUAAAUGAAAAUAAACAGUGAUUAAAUGUCUUGUGCAUGACUUGUUCUAUUCACAUCCAAUUUGAGUCACCACAAUGACAGCCAUCAAGCACGCCCUCCAGAGGGACAUCUUUACGCCCAACGAUGAGCGUCUCCUCAGCAUUGUCAACGUCUGCAAGGCGGGGAAGAAGAAGAAGAACUGCUUCCUGUGUGCCACAGUCACCACAGAGAGGCCUGUGCAGGUGAGGGUGGUGAAGGUGAAGAAGUCAGACAAAGGGGAUUUCUACAAGCGACAGAUGGCCUGGGAACUGAGGGAUCUGGCUGAAGUGGAUGCAAAAGAUGCCAGCAAGGAGAACCCAGAGUUUGACCUCCAUUUUGAGAAGGUGUAUCGAUGGGUGGCCAGCAGCACAGCUGAGAAGAAUUCCUUCAUCUCCUGCAUCUGGAAGCUGAAUCAGCGUUACCUGCGGAAGAAGGUGGAGUUUGUGAAUGUCAGUUCCCAGCUGCUGGAAGAGUCAGUCCCCAGUGGUGAGAGUCAAAGUGUUGCCGGGGGUGACGAGGAUGCUCUGGAUGACUACCAGGAGCUGAAUGCCCGUGAGGAGCAAGACAUCGAGGGCAUGAUGGAGGUGUGCGAGUACGCCAUCUCUAAUGCUGAGGCCUUUGCUGAGAAACUCUCCAAAGAGCUACAGGUUCUGGAUGGGGCCAACAUCCACUCCAUCAUGGCAUCUGAGAAGCAGGUGAACAUCCUGAUGCAGCUGCUGGACGAGGCUCUGUCGGAGGUGGACACCAUCGAGGGAAAGAUGAGCAGCUAUGAGGAGAUGCUGCAGAGCGUCAAGGAGCAAAUGGACCAGAUCUCCCAGAGCAACCGCCUCAUCCAGAUCAGCAACACCAACAACGGCAAGCUCCUGGACGAGAUCCAGUUCCUGGUGAACUACAUGGACCUGUCGAAGGGACACAUCAGGGCCCUGCAGGAAGGAGACCUCUCCUCCUCCAAAGGCAUUGAGGCCUGUAUCAAUGCCUCUGAGGCUCUACUGCAGUGCAUGAAUGUGGCACUCAGACCAGGUCAUGAGAAACUGAUGUCUGUGAAGCAGCAGCAGCACCUGUUCACUGAGCUCAGAGAUACCUUUUCCCGGCGCCUCACCAACCACCUCAACAACGUGUUCGUCCACCAGGGCCAUGACCAAAGCUCCGUGCUCUCGCAGCACAUGGCAGAGCUGACCCUGCCUAAACACAGCCCCCUACACAGGGACCUGCUACAUUACGCCAAGCUCAUGGAGUGGCUCAAGAACACCCAGAGAGAGAAGUAUGAAGGCCUGUCCAGGACUUAUGUUGAUUACAUGACCAGAUUAUAUGAACGAGAAAUCAAAGAUUUCUUUGAGGUGGCGAAGAUCAAAAUGGCGGGCACAGCCAAGGAGGGGAAGGGAAAUAAGUUUGCAACGCUUCCGCGGAAAGAGAGUGCUUUCAAACAGGAAACUGAAAGCCUGCAUGGCAGCUCCGGGAAGCUUACAGGCUCCACCUCCAGUCUGAAUAAGCUGGCAGUGCAGAGCUCCAGCAGCAGGCGCUCCCAGUCCUCCUCACUGCUGGACAUGGGCAACAUGUCUGCCUCAGACUUGGAUGUUGCCGACAGGACCAAGUUUGACAAGAUCUUUGAGCAGGUUCUUAGUGAGCUGGAACCUCUCUGUCUAGCAGAACAAGACUUCAUCAGCAAGUUCUUCAAGCUACAGCAGCACCCCACCCUGGCUCAGGGAGAAGUGGAGGAAUCGGAUGGGGUGGUGCCCUCCAGACAGCCACCUCCAGGGGAGUACAGACACUUCAUAUCAUCGACUGAGAAGGACAUGGUGCGGUUGAUGAUGAACAAGGUCUUCCAGAGCAUUGAGACAGAACUUAACAGCCUCAUUACUCUGGGAGACAAGAUUGACACCUUCCACUCCCUGUACAUGUUGGUGAAAAUGAGUCAUCACGUGUGGACGGCAGAGAAUGUGGACCCUGCCUCCUACCUCAGCACCACCCUCGGCAACGUGCUGGUCACCGUCAAAAGGAACUUUGACAAGUGCAUUUCGGGUCAGAUCAGACAGAUGGAGGAGGUUAAGAUCUCUAAGAAGAGCAAGGUGGGCAUCCUGCCCUUUGUCGCUGGGUUUGAGGAGUUUGCUGAGCUGGCUGAAACCAUCUUCCGUAAUGCAGAGCGCAGAGGAGAUCUGGACAAGGCAUAUGUCAAACUCAUCAGAGCUGUCUUCAUGAAUGUGGAGAAAGUGGCCAAUGAGAGUCAGAAGACGCCCCGUGACGUGGUGAUGAUGGAGAACUUCCACCACAUCUUCUCCACACUGUCCCACCUUAAGAUCUCCUGCCUGGAGACAGAGAGGCGAGAGGCCAAACACAAGUACACAGACCACCUGCAGUCCUAUGUCAUCAACUCCCUGGGACAGCCCCUAGAGAAACUCAAUCACUUCUUUGAGGGAGUGGAGGCACGUGUGGCCCAGGGCGUACGUGAGGAUGAGGUGAGCUACCAGCUGGCGUUCAACAAACAGGAGCUGCGUAAAGUGAUAAAGGAGUACCCCGGCAAGGAGGUAAAGAAGGGACUGGACAACCUGUACAAGAAGGUGGACAAGCAUCUGUGUGAGGAAGAGAGCCUGUUACAGGUGGUGUGGCAUUCCAUGCAGGAUGAGUUCAUCCGUCAGUACAAGCACUUUGAAGGCUUGAUUGGCCGUUGCUACCCUGGGUCUGGAAUUACCAUGGAGUUUACCAUUGGAGACAUGUUGGAGUACUUCUCAAGCAUUGCUCAAUCACAUUAAUUGCAAGUGUGUGUGUGUACGUACUGAACAAAAAUAUAAAUGCAACCAUUUCAAAGACUUUACUGAGUUACAGUUCAUAUUAAGAAAUCAGUCCAUUUAAAUAAAUAAAUUAGGCCCUAAUCUAUGGAUUCCAUAUGACUGGGAAUACAAAUAUGCAUCUGUUGGUUAGAUACCUUUAAAAAAUAAAAAGUAGGGGCGUGGAUCAGAAAACCA